GAGCAAGGUGCAGCUGAAGAUGCUUAGAGGAGAAGAUUGAUGAAUAUUCCUAAUCUUCCACAGGAGAGGUCCCACAGGCCUCACUGUCUCCACUGCCCGUUCUGCUAAGUUGGGCCUCUGGCGUAUGGACUUGUACAUGAUGAACUGUGAACUUCUAGCCACGUGUAGCGCCCUUGGGUACUUGGAAGGAGGCACUUACCACAAGGAGCCGGAUUGCUUGGAGAGUGUGAAGGAUUUAAUUCGAUACCUGAGGCAUGAGGACGAGACUCGAGAUGUACGGCAGCAGCUGGGGGCUGCGCAGAUCCUGCAGAGUGACCUCCUGCCAAUCCUCACGCAGCACCGCCAGGACAAGCCUCUCUUUGACGCUGUGAUCAGGCUGAUGGUAAAUUUGACUCAGCCAGCCCUGCUUUGCUUUGGCAGUGUGCCUAAGGACCCUGGUGUACGACACCAUUUUCUGCAGGUUCUAACCUACCUACAGGCCUACAAAGAGGCCUUUGCGAGUGAGAAGGCAUUUGGAGUCCUCAGCGAGACCUUGUAUAAGCUGCUGCAGCUGGGCUGGGAGGAUCGGCAAGAAGAAGACAACUUGCUGAUUGAACGGAUCCUUCUGCUGGUCAGAAAUAUUCUCCAUGUCCCAGCCAACCUUGAGCAGGAGAAGAGGAUCGAUGAUGAUGCCAGUGUCCACGACCGGCUUCUUUGGGCAAUUCACCUCAGUGGCAUGGAUGACUUGCUCCUCUUCCUGUCCAGCUCAUCCGCUGAGCAGCAGUGGAGCCUCCAUGUGCUGGAGAUCGUCUCCCUCAUGUUCAGAGACCAGAACCCUGAGCAGCUGGCCGGGGUAGGGCAGGGACGCUUGGCUCAGGAGCGAAGCACCGAUGUGGCAGAACUGGAGGUGCUGCGCCAACGGGAGAUGGCCGAGAAGAGGACUCGGGCCCUCCAGCGAGGAAACAGGCACUCUCGAUUUGGGGGCUCCUACAUUGUCCAGGGCUUGAAAUCUAUUGGAGAAAGGGAUGUCAUCUUUCACAAAGGCCUCCACAACCUCCAGAACUACAGCUCAGAUCUAGGAAAGCAGCCCAGGAGGGUGCCUAAGCGUCGCCAGGCUGCCCAGGAGCUGUCCGUUCAUCGCCGCUCUGUCCUGAACGUGAGGCUCUUCCUCAGAGACUUCUGCUCUGAGUUCUUGGAGAACUGCUACAACCCACUCAUGGGUGCAGUCAAGGAUCACCUGCUUCGGGGGAAAGCGCAGCAGCAUGAUGAGACCUACUACAUGUGGGCUAUGGCUUUCUUCACGGCCUUCAACCGAGCUGCUGCCUUCCGCCCCGGCUUUGUCUCUGAGACCCUCAGUGUCCGUACCUUUCACUUUGUGGAGCAGAACCUCACCAACUACUAUGAGAUGAUGCUGACAGACCGCAAGGAGGCUGCCUCCUGGGCACGCAGGAUGCACCUGGCUCUGAAGGCCUACCAGGAGCUGCUGGCCACAGUGAACGAGAUGGACAUGUGUCCAGAUGAGGCUGUUAGGGAGAGCGGUCGCAUCAUCAAAAACAACAUUUUCUAUAUGAUGGAGUACCGAGAACUGUUUCUGGCACUCUUUCGAAAGUUUGAUGAGAGAUACCAUCCACGCUCAUUCCUUCGUGACCUGGUGGAAACCACCCACCUCUUCCUCAAAAUGUUGGAGCGCUUUUGUCGGAGCCGUGGGAACCUGAUGGUGCAGAACAAAAGAAAAAAGAGAAAGAAGAAAAAGAAGGUUCAGGACCAGGGUGCUGCCUUCUCACAUAGCCCUGGGGAACUGGAGGCCAUGUGGCCAUCCCUGUCAGAGCAGCUGCUGCAGUGUGCCCAGGACCCUGAGCUCAGUGUGGACACCAUUGUCCCCUUUGAUGCGGCCUCAGAGGUGCCGGUGGAGGAGCAGCGGGUAGAAGCCAUGGUGAGGAUCCAAGACUGCCUUACGGCUGGCCAGGCCCCGCAAGCCCUGGCCCUGCUGCGGUCUGCCCGGGAAGUGUGGCCUGAAGGAAAUGUGUUUGGCUCGCCCGUCAUUUCCCCGGGGGAAGAAAUGGAGUUGCUAAAACAGAUCCUCUGCGCACCCCUUCCCCGGCAGCAGGAGCCGGUAGAACAAGAUGCAGAAGAGGAAGAGGAAGAGGAUGAGGAAGAGGAGUUGCAGGUUGUCCAGGUGUCAGAGAAGGAGUUUAACUUUUUGGACUACUUGAAACGCUUCGCAUCCUCAACCAUCGUGCGGGCCUAUGCACUUCUCCUGCGGAGCUACCGGCAGAACAGUGCUCACACCAACCACUGCAUUGCCAAGAUGCUGCACCGGCUGGCCCACGACCUGGGGAUGGACGCCCUGCUUUUCCAGCUCUCCCUCUUCUGCCUCUUCAAUCAGCUGCUUAGUGACCCGGCUGCUGCAGCCUACAAAGAGCUAGUGACUUUUGCCAAAUACAUCCUUGGCAAGUUCUUUGCGUUGGCCGCAGUGAACCAGAAAGCAUUUGUGGAGCUCCUGUUCUGGAAGAACACCGCUGUGGUUCGGGAAAUGACACAGGGAUAUGGCUCCCUUGACAGUGGAUCUUCCAGCCACAGAGCCCCUGUGUGGAGCCCUGAGGAAGAGGCCCAGCUUCAGGAGCUAUACCUCGCCCACAAGGAUGUGGAAGGUCAGGAUGUAAUAGAAGCCAUCUUGGCACACCUGAAAGCUGUUCCCCGCACACGCAAGCAGGUCAUCAGCCAUCUGGUGCGGAUGGGCCUGGCCGACAGUGUCAAGGACUUCCAGAGGAAAGGGACACAGAUUGUCUUGUGGACAGAGGACCAGGAGCUGGAGUUACAGCGGCUCUUUGAGGAGUUCCAGGACUCCGAUGAUGUUCUUGGUCAUAUCAUGAAGAAUAUCACAGCCAAACGUUCACGGGCUCGAGUAGUGGAUAAACUGUUGGCCCUGGGGUUGGUGUCUGAGCGGAGGCAGCUAUACAAGAAACGGAGAAAGAAGUUGGUGCCUUCUUGCACGAAUGGAGAAGAGUCCCCGAGAGAUUCUUGGCAGGAAGAUCCAGAAGAGGAAGAGGAACACUUACCAGAAGGUGAGAGUGAAGACGAGAGUGAGGAAGGCUUGCCAGCAGGACAGGUUCAGGGCAGCUCAUCUCUCUCUGCUGAAAACCUCGGUCAGAGCCUGCGUCAGGAAGGCCUCUCUGCUCCCCUCCUGUGGCUCCAGAGCUCCCUGAUCCGCGCAGCAAGCGACCGAGAAGAGGAUGGCUGCUCCCAGGCGAUCCCUCUGGUGCCUCUGACGGAAGAAAAUGAGGAAGCAAUGGAGAACGAGCAGUUUCAGCAUCUGCUACGCAAGCUUGGGAUCCGGCCGCCCAGCUCAGGGCAGGAAACCUUCUGGCGAAUUCCAGCCAAACUGAGCUCCACCCACCUUCGGAAAGUGGCUGCUUCUUUGAGUCAGCAAGAAGAUGAGGAGGAAAGGGAAGCAGAGCCAGAGCCAAAUCCAGAAAUCCCUGGAGAGCAGAGUCCCAGUGAGGAACACCGAGCAGAAGCCCUGAGAGCCCUUUCGUCAGCUCGUAAGAGGAGAGCAGGCCUGGAGUCUCCAGAAGAGGAGGCCCCUGAGGAGGAAGAAUGGAAGUCAGUGCCCAAGAAGCGGCAACUGCUGGACAGCGACGAAGAGGAAGAUGAUGAGGCGGGGAGACAAGCAGUGUUGGGAACUCCAAGAAUCCACAAGAAGAAACGGUUUCAGAUUGAGGAUGAGGAUGAGGAUGACUGAAAGCCAGAUGCCUUUGACAGACCGGAGUUGGAAGGCGCAGAAGACACUUUGCCUGCAUUGAGAGUGACCUUCUCUAUGAUGACAGUGCAGGAAUUUUAGGCAGCAGUGUUGGGUGGAGUCUCUGCAGUCAGUCCUUGCCCCAGGUCCAUCUGCGUGCACAGCCGGUCUCUGGAUCCAUCCCAUAGCAAAUGAAGAGUGUGGAAUGUUGGAGGCGGACUGGACUCACUCGUCUCUGGACUGCAUCCUGGCUUCAGACAGCAAGCUUUACGACAGGACAUGGGCGUUCAUACCGUCCUCACCAGGCACUGGGUUCCUCCCAUUUUCUUUCCAGUGGUUGAUCCCAGCACACACAUUGAGCCGGUUUCUGCAGCUGAGGCCGAGUUGGGAUGCCCUACUCGGGCUGACAAACAUCCUUGAUCUGUGUUUCAUAUUAAACAUGUAAAGUUAAUAGUUGCUGAUGUCAGAGCAACCAGACAGCCAUCUGUUGUGUCUUUGGAAGAACUUUAAGAGUAAAGUUAGAAGACAUUUCCUGAACUGAGUGUGGUAGCAUGUGCUUUUAAUCCCAGCGUGUGGGGGACAGAGGCAAGAGGACUGCCAUGAGGGAGAGGGGAAAGAGUGGAUACACCCUACACCUGGGCCAAUAAAUGUAAAUU